AUGACUGAGUUUAACUAUCUACUACGCGCCUUCUGCGCAGCGGAUAUUUCACUAAGUGAUGUGGUGAAGCAAAUGUCGAAGAUUCUGGCAUAUCGCGCACGCGCCCAUUUCACGCUGAUACUCGGGUACGAAAUAUAUGAUCAAAGGUGUCUUAUGGUUGAAUUCGAUACUAGCGACAUCACUGAGAAGGCCCUGUCUCGUAUAGAGCGAUGCAUGAAAAAACACUCGGUCGAUGGACAGUUUGGCACAAUUCUAAAACAACGUGAGCCAGACUACGAGCAGUGGUUGUUUGAGAACAUAUCAAGGCAUGGUGUGUCUUCGAUUUGGGAACAACACGAAGUUAUGAACGGAAAGUCGCAUGUUGUUGUGAAAGAAGGCAUCCUUGAUGAGAAAAUUCGCAUGGAAUUCUGUAACGAUCUAUACACGGCACAUUAG